AAAAAAAAAAAAAAAAACUACUAUAAUGAAUAAGAUAAACGAACAAAUUAUUACUUUAGAUAACUUGGAUGAAAAAAUAGAUUCUAAACAUGAAUCUAUUUCAGAGUCAAGCAAUAAUCAAUCAAUUUCAGAUAUUAAUGAAGUAGUAGAUCAAAAAGAUAUACAGUUAUCUGAAAAUGAAGAUGGACUUCCUCCAGCCACAAAUGAGGAUGAAUAUGACGGGGGAUAUGGUUGGUUUAUUGUGCUUGGCGCUUUCCUUGUUCAAGUUACUACUUUCGGUACAUUCACUAGUUGGUAUGUUAAACUUAUUAAUAUUUAUACGUAUAUAAUAGAUGAUAAAUCUAUGAUCUAAUAUAUUUAUUUUUUCUUAGGGGUAAUAUAAUGUCAUAAUUUUAUGAUCUAUAGUUAAUUUACUUAAAUAUGUAUAUAAAUAUAUAUU